AUGGCGGUCCCCACCCACGGUGGCAGGAGGAGAAAGAAGCCGGUGCCGAAGAGCCCCAAACCACCACCCCCUGAGGGUGUGAAGUCCAACCCCUCCAAGCGGCAUAGAGACAGGCUCAACCGGGAGCUGAACAAGCUGACUGGCUUGCUGUCCUUCCCUGAAGAUGUGUGCAGCAGGCUUGAUAAACUCUCCAUCCUCCGACUGGCUGUCGGAUACCUGAAGGUGAAGAGCUACUUGAUGGUUGCUCUAAAGAAUCACGGUGCCAAAGAAGCAGUGAGGGAUGGAGACUGCAGCAACGGACCAGCUCUGCGCUCAGCAGCGGUACCGGAGGGUGAACUGCUCCUACAGGCGCUCAAUGGCUUUGUGCUGGUGGUGACGUCAGAAGGACUGAUAUUUUACUCCUCACAUACGAUUCAGGACUAUCUGGGAUUUCAUCAGACAGAUGUCAUGCACCAGAGCGUCUUUGAGCUGAUCCACACUGAGUACAAGCAGGAAUUCAGCCGCAACCUCCACUGGGCACUCAACCCACCCCACGCUCCUGAGGGUGCACCUUCUGCAGAAGGGGGGAAGAGUCUUGGCUCUUCUGCUGUUGCCUACAAGCCAGAUCAGCUGCCCCCAGAAAACUCUUCCUUUCUGGAAAGGAGCUUUGUGUGCCGCUUUCGCUGCCUCUUGGAUAAUUCCUCCGGCUUCCUGGCUUUAAACCUUCAAGGCAGGCUGAAAUUCCUUCACGGGCAGAACAAAAGGUCUGAAGACGGGUCUGCACUGCCACCCCAGCUCGCCCUCUUCGCUAUCUCCACCCCCUUGCAGCCCCCGUCCAUCCUGCAGAUCCGAACCAAGAACAUGAUCUUCAGGACGAAGCACAAGCUGGACUUCACCCCCUUGGCGUGCGAUGCCAAGGGGAAGAUUGUUUUGGGCUACACCGAGGCGGAGCUGCGGAUGUGUGGCACCGGCUACCAGUUUGUCCAUGCUGCUGACAUGCUGUACUGUGCUGAGAACCACGUCAGGAUGAUGAAGACGGGCGAGAGCGGCCUGACGGUCUUCCGCCUGCUGACAAAGGAGAACCGCUGGAAGUGGGUGCAGGCCAAUGCACGGCUCGUCUACAAGAAUGGCAAGCCCGAGUACAUCAUUGUCACGCAGAGACCCCUCGUAGAUGAAGAAGGAGGAGAGCACCUUCGGAAACGAUCCAUGCAUCUUCCCUUUACCUUUGCUACAGGAGAGGCACUCUUAUACCAAAGUGCUUACCCUCUCCCGGGCUUCCCUGACCCUUUCCAGAGCAAAGGGAAAACAACCAAGUCCAAGAAGACCUCCCACAGCCAUGAAGGGUGCUCCCAGAAGGAUGGCGUUGACCCCAGUUCUCUGCUGGGUGCCGUGAUGCGACAGAACAAGGCGGUGUACGUCUCCCAUCCAGCUCCCACACCUAACCACUCCUUCAGCAGCAGUUUCACGGACCACCUCGAGGACGUGUCCUUGCUGGAUGCAGGAGAUGCCUGGAGUAUGAGCGCUGCUCCAGGUUCUUCAAGCAGUGACAGCCUCAAAGAGGAGCUGGUGGAUUUGCAGCAGGAGGACCCUCUCUUGGCCACCCUGGACUCACUCUCAAUUAAGAGUGAUGAGAGCUGUUCCAACAAUGAGCUGUUCAGUGCGCUGGAAGACCUGGGGUUGAAUGCUGAAGACCUGGAGCUCCUGCUGCUGGAUGAGAAAAUGGUGAUGGUCAAUAUGGACUCUGACCGCGCCCCGUCCCUGAAUGACUGCCUCGCCAGCAACGAGAUUCUCUCCUACAUCCACGCCACUCUGGUGAACAAGCACGAAGGAGGACAACAGGUCUGUCCCCUGCCAGGCAUGUCCCUGAGCCCAUGUGGAGGCACCACUAGGUACCAGGCCCACAUGGAGGAUGAUGGCUCGCAGUGCCUGCCCCAGCACGUGGUGCAGCCCGGCAUUGCCCCAGGCCAGCCCCCUGCUCCGCUGUGGGAACAGCCCCUCCAUGCCAUGCCAGGGCAGCCACCCCUGCUGCUGCCAGAGCCAGCUGAGGAGGAGGAAGAGCCAUCUGAUAGCUUGCAGUGGAGGCCAGCUGGGGAGGAGGGUCUGCUCUGCUUCCUCCAGCUGGCACGGGGCACCCCAUGGGACAAGGCGCCCGGCUCACCCCGGAGAGCCCCCUGCCAGCAGGAGCCAGCCAGGGCUCAGCAGCUGGAGGGGCUGGCUGGGCGGCACGUGAGGGGUCAGCAGGAGGAGAAGCUCCAGAUCAUCUACGAGGGUGAGUGA